AUGCUCACCUUCUACAAUCCCUACAUCAUCGGUGCUAUCUCCACGAUGGGAGGCUUCCUUUUCGGCACCGAUAUCUCAUCCGUGUCAGCCUUCAUUGGCGUUGACGGAUAUAAGGAUUAUUUCAACCAUCCUGACGAUAUCGUUCAAGGCGGUAUUACUGCAGCUAUGCCCGGUGGCGCCUUCAUUGGUGCCAACGUCGCUGGUUACGUUAGUAACCGCUUCGGUCGCAAGCCGUCUAUCAUCAUGGCCACGGUCUUCUGGGUUAUCGGUUGUGCGCUGUGCUCCGCCGCUCAGAGCGUCGGGAUGCUCGUCGUCGGUCGUCUCAUCAAGGGUAUCUGCGUUGGCUGGUGCUCAAGCCAAGUCCCGGUUUACCUUGCCGAGCAAUCGCCUAAGGAAAUUCGUGGUCGUCUCGUUGGCUGCCAACAGCUUGCCACAACCAUCGGUAUCCUCGUGAUGUUCUACGUCUCGUACGGCUGCUCCUUCAUCUCGGGGCCUACGUCCUGGCGUCUCGCUUGGGGACUGCAGAUCAUCCCGGGUUUCCUCCUCGCGAUCGGCAUGGUCUUCUGCCCCGAAUCGACCCGGUGGCUUGCGUCUCACGACCGCUGGGAGGAGGCCGAGUACAUUGUACAGCGCAUCUACAACCAGCCGCUCGACUCCGCUCAAGUCCAGUCCGAGAUCAAGGAGAUGCAUGAAGCUAUUCGCCUCGAGCGCGAGGCAGCCGAUGUCACCUACAUGGACAUGUUCCGCGCGCGCCUUAUCACUCGUACCAUCGCUGGCAUGUCCGCACAGCUCUGGAGUCAACUCGUCGGUGUGAACGUGAUGAUGUACUACAUCGUCAACAUCUUCCAAAUGGCGGGUCUUACGGGCAACACCAACCUCAUUUCGUCCUCGAUUCAGUACAUCAUCAACUUCGUCAUGACCAUCCCCGCCAUCCUCUUCGUCGACCGUUGGGGACGUCGUAUGACUCUCAUGCUCGGCUCGGCAUUCAUGGCCGCCUGCCUGUUUACCGUUGCCGGACUGCUCGCUGGAUACGGCCAUUACGUCGACAGUGUUGACGGCAAUGAGGACGUCAAAUGGGUUGUUACCGGUCCGCCCUCUAAGGGUGUCAUCGCCGCUUGCUACCUCUUCGUUGCCGCAUUCGCCGUAUCUUGGGGCCCGGUCAGCUGGAUUUACAUCUCGGAGAUCUUCCCUCUCCCGGUCCGCGCCAAUGCCGCCGGUCUCGCGACUGCCACCAAUUGGAUCAUGAACUUUGCCCUCGCUUUCUUUGUCCCUGUGGCGUUCAGGAAUAUCCAGUGGAAGACGUACAUCAUCUUCGGCGUUUUCUGUAUCGCGUCCCUCGUCCAGGUCUUCUUCACCUACCACGAGACCAAGGGACGGUCGCUCGAGGAGAUCUCCGCUCUUUUCGAGUCUGGUGUGUCCCCGUUCGCCAAGGCACCACCCGCCGAUGCCCUGGCCCGCGUUACCGCUGGCCACAAGAAGAUGGCAUCCGUCUCGGACCAUGACUCUACGGCAAGCCACCAUAUUCACGACCAGAAGAUCGCGUAA